AUGGAGAAGUACAGCCAGUUUCGCGACAGAGCAACCGGCAUCGCGCCCUUCCUCCCCGUCUCAUCCCCCAGCUCCGCCAUCUCGACGCUCACCCACGUCCUGCUCUUCCUUGUCCGCCUCCCCGUAUUCCUCACCUACGCUCUCGGCUACUUCAUCGUCUUCCACCCGCUGCCGCUCCCCGUCUUCGUCCGCAAAAUAGCGUUAUGGGGCCUCAUGGCCAUCCCAGGCAUCUGGUGGAUUGACCUCCAGCUUGACGGCGUCAAGCGCGGCACCUUGUCCGAGCAGCCCCGCGAAAGAGUCCCCCAUCCAGGAUCAAUCAUAGCCGCCAACUUCACCAGCCCCGUUGAUGCCAUCUAUCUGGCGGCUAUAUUCGACCCAGUCUUUACCAUUUCAUAUCCGGGCGAGCGCAAGGUCAGGAGGAUAGGAUUGCUGCAAGCUGUGAUGAAGGCGCUUGCGCCAGUCACCACGCAGCCCGCACCAAGUGCCCAGUUAGUAGACCUGAAAGACCUGGUGAAGCAGUAUCCAAACCGCGUCAUUGCCGUGUUCCCCGAAUGCGGCACCACCAACGGCAAGGCCAUCUUGCCCUUCAGCCCUAGUAUCCUUCAAACGCCCCCGGACGUGCACAUCUUCCCCGUCAGUAUUCGUUACACCCCCUCCGAGAUCACGACGCCCAUCCCCGGACAAUGGCUUCGUUUCCUGUGGACUCUACUUUCUCGACCGACGACGUGCAUCCGUGUGCGCAUCGCCGAGGGACAAACGAACAAGGCUGCCGCAAAGUCCGACAACAUUCCUAGCGAUUUGACUUAUAGAGGUGGAGCAGGCGCUGGCAUCAACAGCGAAGAACAGAAGCUGUUGGAUUGGAUAGGCGAGGCGCUGGCGAGGCUGAGCAGAGUCAAGAGAGUGGGCUUGACAAUGAAGGACAAGGCUGCAUUUGUUCGGGCGUGGACUGGAAAAUAG